ACCCAGCGCAAUGUUGUGUAUAUAACUUAAUUUUAAAUCAGGCGCCGCCAUUAGAGUUCGUCAUAUUGUUACUGAUCUAGUCAUAACCUGCCAUGUUUGUUCCGGCUCUUCUAAUCCUCCUGGUAGGCCUCAUAAUUUAUUACGUCAGACGUUCCCACACUUAUUGGAGGCGCCAUGGUGUGACAGAAAUAUAUCCAAUCCAUCCAAUAUUUGGCAACGCUAGAGAGACCUUCCUUUGCAAUGAGUCGAUAUACGAGUUCUUCUUGCGAAUUUAUUCCAUAUUUAAAGCCAAACGAGUCAGAUACGGCGGAAUCUACACAUUCACAGCGCGCGCCCUUGUUAUCAUAGAUCCCGAACUGAUCAAGGACAUCAUGCAGACGAGCUUUGAUCACUUCGAAGAUCGAGCUGGAUACAUCAACGAGGAAAGGGAGCCUCUCACCGCUCACUUGGUCAACCUCAAGGGGGCCAAGUGGAAGUCGAUGCGGCACAGGUUGACGCCAACAUUCACCUCUGGAAAAAUGAAGAUGAUGUUCCAGACCUUCGUAUACUGCAUAUCCGGACUUAAGGGGAUGAUCGAGGGAUACGCUAGGAAUAAGGAGAGCGUUGAUAUUAAGGACGUACUGGCGAGAUUCACCACCGACAUAAUUGGAAAUUGCGCAUUUGGCAUAGAAUGUAAUUCCAUGAAAGAUCCCAGCUCGGAGUUCAGGGUCUACGGGAAAAAAGUGUUCGACAGAAACUUCUGGCAGAACGCGAAGAUUACGAUGACCAG